AUGGGUCGGGUAUUACUGAAGGUUAUCAUUCUUGGUGAUAGCGGUGUCGGAAAGACGUCGCUCAUGAACCAAUAUGUAAACAAGAGGUUCAGCAACCAGUACAAGGCUACUAUUGGCGCCGACUUCUUGACGAAGGAGGUGAUGGUGGAUGACCGUCUUGUGACAAUGCAGCUGUGGGACACUGCGGGUCAGGAGCGUUUCCAAUCAUUGGGUGUCGCCUUCUAUCGCGGCGCGGACUGCUGUGUGCUGGUCUAUGACGUCAACAGCGCAAAGUCAUUUGAGACCCUUGACAGCUGGCGCGAUGAAUUCCUCAUCCAGGCCAGCCCUCACGAUCCGGAGAACUUCCCUUUCGUCGUGCUGGGCAACAAGAUUGAUGUGGAGGAGAACAAGCGGCAGGUAACUCAGAAGCGCGCGAUGACUUGGUGCCAAUCGAAAGGAAACAUCCCAUAUUUCGAGACGUCCGCGAAGGAGGCCAUCAACGUCGAGCAAGCCUUCCAGACGGUGGCUAAGAACGCAUUACAGCAGGAGGCCGAGGAGCAAAUCCUCAUGGAUUAUCCCGACCCUAUCAGAAUCGACUCGGAGAGCUCGCAGAGUUAUGGCUGCAAUUGCUGA